CUGAUUUUUUUUUUUAAUUAUUUUGUUUAAAAAGGACUGAUGUACACUUUUGAUUUGUUUUAUAGAUGAUUUUUGUCGAUAAAUAUAUAGGGUGUGCUCCUUUACAAUCACUAUGCAAGAUUUGGAGCACUACAGAAAGAAUUGAUUCGUUGUAAUGCCUGUCAUUUUUCAUUUUGAGAGCAACGCAUCAAUCAUCACUCUACUUUCAGUGUCAACAAAUUAGUUUGCAUCUGCUACGGCUCUUGCAAGGUAGUGAUGGAAGACCAUGACAGCAGCCAUUCAAGACCUUUUGAAGUCACUCCCAAAGCUAUUCUAAUAUCCAUGCAUUAAUUUGGCUCGUACUGGGUGGUGACAAGGCUACUUGGAUCCUUGAAUCAGCUUGCUAGCUGUUCAUGACUCUUUUAUAUUAUGUUAAUUGGCAUUAAUUAGAUUCUGGCAAUAUUUGUUUUUGUUUUAAUUAUUCAUGAGCGUAAGGGGCAUUUCUGUAGUUUCGAGAUUUGUGGGUAUGGGUUAAAGUUUUGGCCCAUUGGGUCUUGCCUUUGAUUUCUUAUGUUAUGAAAUUUUUAUUUGUGGUUUACUAGUUAUUUAGUUUAGGCUCAGUGGUAAAAAAUCUAAGGAAUUCAAGUCUUAUUAGGUUGAAGCAUUAGACACGGACAUAUUUAGAUGUAAUUGCUUCUCUUCCAUAUAAUGCCUUUAUAAAAACUCCAGCAAAGACUAUUCAUAAAAAAUAAGAAGCUAAAAGUUCCAGCAUAGAUUGCUGUUUUGAGAUGCAACCCUGCCUAUCCUUCCCUUACACCUUUAUUAGCCCCAUAUUCCCCAUGUUUUUCAUGUCUUUCCCACCAAAUUUGUAACAGUAACUAAACCAAAACCCUACUAAUAGUGGUUGCCAAAUAAAUUUUAUUCAGCCUAAAGUUUCUGUCCUAUGUCAGUUAGACUAAGUGGUGUUUAUAGAAAUUCACCCAAGCAUCUAGGUUUCUUAGAUAGGUGCCAAACAAGAUUUCUAGAUGAUAUAUCUGUUCUUUAUUUUGCCCACAAAUGCCGAACUAAUUUUAAUGUUUUUACCAGUUUGAACAUUUGGCAUUCAAUUUUUGGUUGAAUUGUUUUUGCCUCAACAAUCUGAUUACGUAGUAGGUGAUUUUUUUAUAGAUGUGUCUGAUUACGUAGUAGGUGAAAAUUAAUAGAUGUAUAUAUUAAUUUUCAUUUUACAGAUCAAUUACAGUGCUUUGCAUUGAUGCUUGUUUUUCAGAACAGUGCAGUUCUUGAUAGAAGUUUACAGCCCUAUGAAUCGCAUAUUCCCUUCAUUCUCCAGUUUCUGGUCGACUAUAACUUGUAUGGGAUGGGCCUAAUACAUUUAUCGAAGAUGAAAUUCCGUCAUCCAGUACCAGAUGCUUUCUCAGCAAGAAAAUCUGAUUUCCAGGUUAUCUGUCUACUUCUGUGAGCCAGAUGCUUUUGAGAUAGCUGAUUGGAUGUGGCAAGCUCCUUUUGAAUAUGAGGCGUCAUCAGAUCAGGACAUUUUUAUUAAACGUCAAAGUAUUUGUGAACUUGAGGGGGAUGCUUCUCUAGAUGAGAUUAUUAACCGGCAGUUUAAACUUUAUUCAUCUCUCUCACAAACCUGUUCAGAUGUGAAAAUGGUUCAAUCUCUUGUCCCUAUUUGGGAGGAGGAAUAUGAAAGGACUGGAAUGCAUGAGGUGGCAAUGCCUCUUGAUCCUACAAAACCACUGUCAGAAGAUGUUCUUAAAACUCUAUCACUGGAUCUUGAUUUUGACAACAGACUAAUUGAACUAUAUGCUGAUGCUACUGCAUCAUCUAUUGUUGAGGGAAAUUUGGUUGGACUUGUUCAUAUUAACCCUGCCAAUGUAGAUGGAGAAGCUUUGAAGUGUUCUAAAGAAACAGCAACAGUUGGCUAUUUGUUACCACACGAAAGAGAAGGUGGUCCAACAGCUGCUGGAGAGAGGGAUACAAGUCCUAAUAUAUUGUCUACUGACGAAGUACAAUCAUCAGGAAUUAUUGAAACAUUAGAUUCAAAGGCUGCAGAUAAGGAAGCCCUUGGUCUAUUGAGGUGGCUAGCCACUUCCCAGGCUGUUGAAGAUAUAAACUCUGAUGAUGAACUUGUUCGUGAAACCAUUUUGAGUCCUUUGUUGCCUGCAACUAUUGAUAAGGUGCUGGAGAAAGCUAAUAUUGAUUAUGAAAGUGAAUCUCAAAAGGAGUGUCAAGACAUUCUUGAUUCCAUUGAUGAUUUGAUUGACUUUGAGGAUCUGAGAGGAAGAGCUUCUCACUCUUCUGAUCAGAAUCAUUCUUCUAGAAAUUCAUCAGAAGAAAUGAUUCCACAAGUGGAUGGCUCUGGGGAUGAUAUGUUCUCAACUCAUUGUACUGGAUCAACUGAAAAUGCAUCUGAAAUGAAGACAAGUGGACUUGAACAGUCUUUGGAAUGCCAGGAAUUGCAGGAUGUUGGCGGGAGAUUCACCAGUAAGAACAAAAGAAAGCAACCUGUCUGGGGCUCUUUGCCAUUUUCCACAUCACAAAAGGUGAAUAAUGACUUAGAGGCUGUGGAUUUCCAUAUAAUUGAUGAGUGUGUAAGUGAAACUAAAGAUCGUGUAGGUACAAGUUUCUUGGCUGUUAAUGAGGCGGGAAAUUGUGCAGAUGGUUUCAUGAAAAAUGCAGGUACAGAUAUUCAUGUUUUAAAGGAAUCAAUUGCUUCGGUUGGAUGCUCUAUGCGAGACUUGAUGAGGAAAAAGCGAUCUUACCGUGGUGAACCACGUGAUUGUGGGCCUGGUAGAGUUAAAAAGGUGCUUUUGGAAGGGGAGCAAAGGGAAGGCAUCUUUCUCGUCCCUAGACGUUUAAGUGGCGAACUUGACAAACACUCUACUGAGUCUCUCAAUUUGAAGCAAUCUUUUACAGGCCAACAAACAAAUUUCCAUGGGGCUUCUGAGGUUAAAGCAGCACAUUCGGAUGGUCCCAUGUAUGGCAAGCGCCCUCUUUUGUCCAGCAGUGAGAGUUCGUUUCAUGCUAGUAAGUUGAAAGAUGUUAAUCUUGGUUCUCAUGAAAGGAUUGGUGAUGAGGUUGGCAAAGGAGCUUCCACCAGACAUGUAGAUUUCACAGGAGCAUGUGCUUCUCAAGUUCACACAAGAGCAGGACUUUGUAAUCCCAAGAAUGUAGAUUCUACAGCUUCCAUGAGUCACUAUGAAAUUUACGGCCGUAAAGAGUCUGAUUUUGGUGCAGUUACCUUGAAUAAUGAGAGAUUUCAGCAACUAGAUGCUGCUUCUUCAAGCUGUUUGCUAAGUGAUCCGGUUGGAUGUGAAGUAUCUGGUGCAGAUUGUUACUUGUAUGAAAGUGGCCAUAAAGAUAAACAGUCUCUGGGAUGGGUAGAUAACAAGUCUGAUGAUAAUCCUGUGGGCACUGCAACUGAUUCAGUGGGUCUGUUAAAAGAGAAUUGUGGUGUUGGCAAACCAGGAGGGCAUUGUGUGUUAUCUGGGCUCAGCCGCUCAAAAGCAAAAUGUACAGAACUAAUCGGCAUGACCUUCUCCAGUAAACCUCCUAUUGCAGGCUGGACAGAUGGAGCAUUUGAAAAUCUUUCAUUUCUGCCUACUACCUCUAAUCUGGCGGAGGAAAAUUAUGACAGAAAAACAGGGGGAGAUUUGGAUGAUUUUCUUCCCUUUUUUGAUGGGGACUGUCAAGAAGUGAAAGAAGACAUGGACAAGCAUGGUAGAAAUAGCGACUCGAAUUCUGAUCAAGUUGUCAUCGGGGUCCCUACUCACUGUCAAAAUGAUGGCUCUUACUUGUAUCUUUUAACAUCUGUAUUCUCACCUCCUUCUGCAGAUAGUGUAUAUAGAUGGCUAUCAUGUGAAGACAAAGGUACUUCUGGAGGCAACAACGUAGCAUUGGUGGAGCCAUCAGCUUUAAUAAGUUCAUCUAGCAUUUUGAUUGGUUCAAAAAGUUAUUUGCCCAAUGAUUUUGACAAGGCUUUGCCUGAAUCUAGCUCCGAAUCUCAUGUGAAGCCUAUUCUUGAUCCUUUGUGUUACGAAAUCCCUGGAAGCCUUAAUACAGAAAGGGCUCCAUAUGGCGAUGAGAUGACAACAAUCAUGCAGGGCGGAGAAGGUAUUGCAAAAGAAAAGGUUUGCUCUGGUUUCUCGCAAGAUAUGUCUCAGAUUUCAGGACCAGAUGGGAAAUCACGGCUUACUCCUCUUAGUCAAAGUGGAUUUCGGGAUCCUGCCAGUGUUGGUGGUGGGCAACAAUUGACAUUGUUGAGUAUAGAGGUUCAAGCAGAAUCAAGAGGUGAUCUCAGACCUGAUCCUCGAUUUGAUGCUGUCAAUGUUAUAGUUCUUGCCAUCCAAAAUGAUACUGAUUCUAUCGCCGAAGUUUAUGUGCUUUUGCGUGGUAAAACUGAAGCUUACAAGAGGAGCUUAGAUGGAAUACCUGGCUGCAAGAUGUUGGUUUUCUCUGAGGAGAAGUACUUAUUCAGUCACUUUAUGAAGUUUGUAUGUUCAUAUGACCCAGAUAUAGUAAUGGGUUGGGAUAUUCAAGGGGGUUCUCUAGGAUUUUUGGCAGAAAGGGCUUCACAUCUUGGUAUAGUUUUACUCAGUAACAUAUCUCGGACACCAUCUGAAACCAAGAUAGCUGCUGGAGACUUACCUGAGAUUCUUAAUAAUAUAUUUCCCGAGUCAAUUGCUGAUCCCGUCGCAAUAGAAGAUGCAAUAAUCGAGGAUGAAUGGGGUCGAACUCAUGCCAGUGGUGUUCAUGUAGGUGGUAGAAUUGUCUUGAAUGUGUGGCGUCUGAUGCGCAGUGAAGUCAAGCUUAGUAUGUACACGAUUGAAGCAGUAGCUGAUGCUGUGCUGAGGCGAAAAAUUCCUGCAUAUCAUCACAAAUUACUGACAAAAUGGUUUUCAAGUGGUCCUGGACAUGGGAGAUUUAGGUGUAUAGAGUAUGUGAUAGAGAGAGCAAGGUUGAACCUUGAGAUGAUGAACCAACUUGAUAUGAUAAGUCGAACAUCAGAACUUGCUCGUGUCUUUGGCAUUGACUUUUUUUCAGUUCUUUCUCGCGGUUCACAAUAUCGUGUUGAAUCAAUGCUCUUGAGAUUGGCACAUACACAAAAUUAUCUGGCUAUAUCCCCCGGAACUCAACAGGUUGCUUCUCAACCUGCAAUGGAGUGCCUGCCUCUUGUAAUGGAACCAGAGUCUGGCUUUUAUGCAGAUCCAGUUGUUGUCUUGGAUUUUCAGUCUCUAUAUCCAUCAAUGAUAAUUGCAUACAACCUUUGCUUUUCUACAUGCCUUGGCAAAGUUGCAUCUUCCAAGUCAAAUACACUUGGGGUUAGUUCAUAUUCACCAGAUCCGUAUGUUCUGCAGGCUGUGAAAAAUGAUAUUCUGCUUACUCCAAAUAGUGUCAUGUAUGUAUCUCCAAAGGUCCGUAAGGGCAUACUGCCCCGUUUAUUGGAGGAAAUAUUAUCGACUAGAAUAAUGGUGAAAGAAGCUAUGAAAAGGUUGAGCCCCUCACAGCAAGUUCUUCACAGGAUAUUUAAUUCUAGACAGCUUGCUUUGAAGCUGAUUGCAAAUGUGACAUAUGGCUAUACAGCUGCUGGAUUUAGUGGUCGCAUGCCUUGUGCGGAGCUGGCAGACAGUAUUGUUCAGUGUGGCCGCCGUACUCUUGAAAAGGCAAUCUCAUUUGUGAAUGCACAUGAGAAGUGGAAAGCUAGAGUUAUUUAUGGUGAUACUGAUAGCUUGUUUGUGCUCCUCAAGGGACGCUCAGUCAAAGAGUCUUUUCAAAUUGGUAAUGAGAUUGCAUCUGCAAUCACUGCCAUGAAUCCAAAUCCAGUCACUUUAAAAAUGGAGAAAGUUUAUCACCCAUGCUUCCUCCUUACUAAAAAACGCUAUGUUGGUUACAGUUAUGAGAGCCCAGAGCAGUCUGAACCUGUGUUCGAUGCUAAAGGUAUUGAAACAGUACGCAGGGAUACAUGUGGAGCUGUUGCAAAGACAAUGGAGAAGUCGUUGAGACUCUUUUUUGAACAUCAAGACAUCUCUGAGGUCAAAGAAUAUUUGCAGCGUCAAUGGACACGGAUUGUAUCUGGUAGGUUCUCUCUUCAGGAUUUUGUUUUUGCAAAGGAGGUUCGAUUGGGUACCUACUCUUCUCUCCCACCGGCAGCAAUUGUGGCCACAAAAGCAAUGAGAGCCGAUCCCAGGGCUGAACCACGCUAUGCAGAGCGAAUACCUUAUGUUGUAAUACAUGGGGAGCCCGGGGCCCGUCUAAUUGAUAUGGUUGUGGAUCCAAUGGAACUUUUGGCGAUUGAUUCGCCCUUUAGAUUAAAUGAUUUGUAUUACAUCAACAAACAUAUAAUCCCAGCUUUGCAGCGGGUAUUUGGACUGGUUGGAGGUAACUUGAACCAGUGGCUAAUAGAGAUGCCACGUCCAGUCCGGAAAGCCUCUACCAAACGUCCUUGUUAUGCUCCAAAUCCACUCCGAACCAGAAUUGAUUAUUACUACAUCUCUAAACAUUGUAUACUUUGCGGUGAGUUGGUUCAGGCAUCAGCCCAUCUCUGCAAUCAGUGUUCGCAAAAGGGAACUGCUGCAGCAGCAGCAGCUGCAGCUGUGACAGGAAGAACUUCAAAAUUGGAGAGAGAGAUGCAACACCUUGCUGCAAUAUGUCAUCAUUGUGGAGGUGGUGACUGGGGAGUCAAGUGCACUUCGCUGGCAUGCUCAGUGUUGUUCGAGAGGCAGAAAGUUCAGAAGGAGCUACAAAGUCUUUCCUCUGUGGCUGCUGAUGAAGGUUUCUACCCAAAUUGUAUGGUCGAGUGGUUCUGAACGCUAGUUGCUCCAAUGUCUCCAAUGUCUUGCUUGAACAGCUGAAUGGGAAGAGAGGGUCUGACCUGCUAGGCUUCUACCAUAUUCGGAGAUGCAUCGUCUUGUGUUGUAAGUUCUAUCAUAAUGUGCUCAUAUGUAAUUAGUCAUUAUUUGUUUCUUUUGAUUAUUUGCUUUCUGUUCUUAUGGCCCAAGGUUUUUUUUUUUUUUUAGAUGAAAUAGCCACUUAGAUCGAAGAAUAUUAUUUAUGACUGACUAGAGCAGACGUCAGUAGUUUUUUUGGCCCUCUUGUUCCACCUUUGGUACUAGCAGUUCAGAAGAAUUUAAGAAUGGCUGAGAAUUACUGUAAAUUAUUUUGAGAAGUUUUCAAAUUGUUGUAAUUUUAAAGAGAACUAGCAAGAUACUGGAAAUAUCACAAUGCAUGAAACUAGCUCUUUAGAAGCUCAAUAUGAUACAUCUCAAAUUUCUUGUA